AUGGCACCGUGGCUACGAUUCCUGGAAGCAUGGGCGGUUCAGCAGCUGUUGCGGACGCCAGCAUUCCACAGAGCUGUCGAAAAGGUUGCGAGACAGGUACAUCGUGCGCGGCAUGGAACGCCGCCGGAAGAGCUGGGUGGUACGAAGCUGGACGAUCCCAACCAGCCCAGCUUCAUCAGGCACUUUGCGGAUGAGUUGAAGACACAGCUC